ACUGUUUCAUACAAGUCUCAUAUGUAUGGGACACGAAACGUCACAGAACAUAUCACUGAGUCUCCUGUUCUCUUUUCGCUCUAUCACCAGUGCUAAGCACCAGCUAACGAGGAUCAGACCCGAGCGUUGACUGACCCUUCGUCUGUUUGACCGCUAUACCUGUUAUCUGCGUCUACCUUCUGAGUUGUCUCAUAUGCUGUCUGCGUCAGUGACGACCACUCCUCGGCCACGGCCGCCAGGUCGGGUACGAAGAAUUUCCACCCACGUCAAAACUUCCCCACCUCCUCCGUACGCUGCCACAUCGCUUCUUGAUGAUCCACUGGAUAACUCCUCGGAUCUGAAACGAAAGUCUUUCAACGGCGCAUCUGCAAUCGCUGCAUGGGAUGACAUCCCUACUAAUCAUCCUCAAAAUUGGAAUGGGAGGUCUCGUGAGGAGCUGUCUGAGCUCCUCCUGAAAGCUGAUGAGCUCAUCAAAGACCGAGAAAAUGAACUCAGUUUCACCACAGCUGUCUGUAAAUCAUUGUAUGAAAAUAAUCUAGAGCUCCAGAACAAGCACAAGACGCUUCUUGCUCGCUUGCCCACUUCAUCAGCGUCUGUCUCUCCAUCCGGAUCCUCGGCAUCCUCUCCAACUACUCCCGGAACACCUCUUCCACACUCCCCCCAUUAUUAUACCAAUACCUCUUCCUCCCACGCGAACACCAGUGUAUCUCGCUCGCGCCGGUCGCAGAGACGCGUUUCUGUCUCCCCUGCGGACCUUGCUCUACUUUCCGAUCAGAAUGCUGAGCUCCUUGCUAAGCUAGAAAAACUUGAAUCUGAAUCUGUUCAGACUGAUCAAGCGGGACGACGAAAAUUGCGCUGUUUGGAGAAAGAGAUUCAAGGGCUCCGAGAGGAGCUCGAAACAACUCGUGCCAGGAGUGACGAGCUCGAGAACAAGGCAAAACUUGUUAGUCCCAGCCUCGAGUCUGAGGAAGCGUCAAAGAGGCGGCAUGAGAGAGAGGUGCGAGUCCGCGCUCUACGGGGUAGGAGCGAGAGCGAUGCGAAUGACGGAGAAGUACGAGACUUUGCGCCAGGGGGGGCUCUUGCAUCUCAAGGGGUCUCGAAGAGAUCUACCGCGCUAGGCAGGUCAGAGAAACGCAAGCGUCCAUCGCAGUGUCUACGCCGGCAUGCUUCUGAAGCCAUCUUUCGUUCGGCCCCUACGGAUAGCAAGCUUUCAAGAAAGAUGUCUUUAUACAACGGUUCCUCUCGAUCAUUCCCCCAGUUACAGUCUCCUCUCCCCACUCAGUUUCCAGUCCCGGCAACGCCUGAAUAUGCGCUCGUGUCGCAGCUCCUUCAAAAGAUCCGUGAGCUUGAACAUAUUAAUUCACAAAUAACGGUGCAGCAAGAAAAAACGACGGCAUCGCUUCAGUCGGUUCAAAGAGAUGCCGCAAGCAUCCAGCUCCUAUAUGAGAGCCUUAGUGAUGUCGAUGUCAUUGACUGGCUGGCUGAAGAUGACAGCUUCGAGAAUCCCGGUGUCCACGAGGAAAAUGAACAUGACGAAGAAGACGAGACAAUUCGUUUCGCCAGUCUCCGUCGGUCUAUGCUCGCGGAUUCCUCGGUUGAUUUUGAUAGCGGCAUCGAACCAGACAAACAGAGUAGCAUGCGGCAUGCAAUCCUUCCAGAGCUCUUCCCUCUACCUGCACAUCAUCGCACACGUCGAUCUGUUGUUGGAUUAUUUGACUCUCCGACUGUAUCUGAUGUCAGUGAUGCACCGUCUGUACAAUCACUGAUUAUCCCUGGUCUAUCGGCCGUCCCUUUUGUCCCUCAGCCCAUUACGGAACCUGUGACCCCCGAAGAAUUGGACUUGCCAGCACCUCUAGCUGCGGUAUUACCUACCACAGACUUCACGGCCCCCCAGACUCUUGACAAUGAGCUAGGGCUUGCAUGGGACAACUGUCAUGAGAACGACCACUUCCGCACACCAAGUUUAAUCGAUCUUACAUCGCUUUCUCCUUUAUCCGCUGGCAACGCCGUCGGCGUUCCGGAUUCCGGGACACUUUCCCCGAAAGACAAGCUGUCCUUUCCUCCGUCUUCUAGUUAUAUAUCAACUCCCUCCACAUCUUCCACCUCGUUUGCGGAGCAAGUUAGCUUGAAAAUAGACGGUGUUCAUGAUCUUGAGCCCCUGACGUAUAGUCCGCCCAAUGCGCACGUGGAAACACUUGCAGACAAGAAGUGUCGCAAGUCGCACACCAUUCGCAUGCGCACAAACCACUGGACUGAAGGUCGCUUUGAAGCAACACUUCUCUCUGCUCCGCAGAGGGGGAGCUCUGCUGAUCUCGCCCGUCCUCCCACUCCAGUUCCUCAAAGACUCGUAAACGAGUUCGUGGAUAGCAUAAGCCGCCAUCGCACUCAUUCCCUUUCCCGCGGUCUCACAGGUGAUGAACCAAGGACAGCUUCUGCAUCGCCAGCCUCCCUUCGUCAGCGACUUCAGAAGCCCCAGAAGCGACGGUUCGUAUCGUUCGUCUUAGAGCUGUGGCUGUGGUUUCAGUUCGCUAUCGUCGUGGUCAUCUUUCUUUGGGCGAUGGCGAAGCGCGGACCGAAGAGUGUGUUAGAGGAAGCUCAGAGAAGGAAGAUUCAGUGACGAUAUUUUGGGCGGUGUUUCAUUGUACUUUAGGUUUAAUAUUGAAUAUGUUCUAGUAGGCUAAUGAUAUACGAGAUUCUGCGCUAGUAGAGUUUUGGUUUGAUGUGUUACCGACUGGAACGGUGCACGCAAUUAAUAGGCUACUUACGCAAUCCAUUUGUGCACAAUGUUCU